AUGGAGGCGAUGGUGAAGAAAUACCAGCAGAGGUUCAGGAAGGUCAGGGACGAGAUGGACCGCUGGUCCGAGCUUCAGUCGCGCUUGAUUUCACAGUUUAGGAACGCCUCCUCCAUCAUCCAGAGGUUGCAGGUGCUUCGAGAUUCCAAGAAGUAUGUCCGUUUGAAGGACGUUGUUGGUAUUCAAGAGGCAGUACUGGCGAAGCAGAUGGAGUCGUUGCAGAAAAUCUUGUUUUCCAUGAACAAAACCAUGGAAGAGUUUCAUGGAAUUGUAUUGUCUCUUGGGAAGAUUCAUCGUGAUGGUAGGCAGAUGGUGAAAGGUGGUGGUUCUAAUCAGCUGACUAUAAAACAACUGCAGCAACGAGUUGGUGUAAAACCCAGUCUUGCAGAUUGCUUAGAUGGGCUUAUGCUUCUUCAGGAGAUGCAUUGCUCUGAGUACCUUUUGAAAUCAUCAGUGGUUUCAGCACUCUCAGCACUUACCUUGAAACCCAGUGCGAGUGAUUUGGGAGCGCUCCAGCAGCUCUUGGUUGAUCAGCCUAACAUCCCGAAUGAGGAGGGUGACACCUUUAAUAUGUAUAUGAAAUACUGUGUUAGCCCGUCACCUACUUUUAUGGUCGACGUGAUUAUAAUAUCCACACUUCAGUUCAAUUCAUCUUUGAUAUCAUAUUUGCAGAAGAAAACUGUUGAUGUUUUCUGUUACAUUGGCUGCAAACUUCGUAGCUCUGGAAAUGGGAAGCAGUUUGAAACCUGUUGGUGUAUGGGCGUGCACAAGAGGGAGAAUUCAAAGAAGAUUCAAACUUACUUGUAUAUUCAUGGAAGUGAUGCAGCAGAAGACAUUUCUAAUGAUUCUAUUAAAAUAUUCGGCGCCUCAUGCGAGAGCCAUAUGUCCAGCAGCAUGGAUGGCUGGGGAUCAACUACCCUCCCCAACUUUUUAGGCCCCUGGUCACGAAUUGCAAUUUGCGACAACCUAGCUUGUCGUUUUGCCGUCCAGAAUUUCCUCAACGUAGCUAGCUACUCAUUAGAACCCAUGCAUAAAGUUGCUCGCUUAAGUAAGGCAUUGUAUAAUCAAGUAGAAGCAUCAUGCAGUGUGAAGCCGAGGCAAACUCUUUGCUUAUUGGGUUGCCUGAUGGCAUCGAUGCGAGAAAAACUUCCAUGGGACGGGACGGAACAGUUCUGCAGCACUCUUGUUUAUUUCUCUUAUGGAGAGAUGUCUGCCAAAUCACCUGACCGCCACACCACUUGA